AUGCCCUUGCUCGGAUUCUCUCAUUACGACAUGACGUUGACGUGGGAAAGUACAUCGUCCGACUUCAACAAUGCGAGCACCGCCGAGAUUGUAACUUACUGCAACCAAACGCCUACGGUAACAGGACAAUGUGCGAGUAUCAAGCGGGUUUCUGAACACGUCACCGUGAAGAUAGGCCUCACACUAGAAGAGUCGGAAUUCAAAAACCAAGAAUUUGCCUGGAGUCUUCUUCUUUCCACCCCGGUACGCGUUCCUGAGCCAUACCGUUUCUUUCGGGCAGAAGACGAUGACGGUGUCGAAUCAGGCUAUCUCGUCAUGGAACAUAUUCAUGGCCAAUCGCUGGCCAGCGAAGCACUUUAUCUCGAAAAGGGGAUUGUUGACCUGGUUACAAGAGCGCUCUACAUUCUCCAUUCUAGAUCCGCUUCUCAACUUGGCAAACACGCCGCUCCCGGGCCAAUCUGUGGGGGUCCUCCUUCAGGUUUUCCAUGGGGCGAUGGAAAAGCAGAUUUGGAGUUCCGCUCAGCGCAGGACCUUGAGCAUGCUUUGAAUUUGAGGCUCGCCCAAUGGAGCCCGCAGAGUUCGAGGGUCAAGGCCAAAACCAAGGCAAGCUUGCUAUCUCUUGAAGGCACGCAAUUCGGUCUUUGUCACAUGGACCUGGCGCCAAGGAAUUUCAUACUCGCUAACGACGGGAAGAUUGCAAUGCUCGACUGGUCUACUGCGGGCUACUAUCCGACAUUCUUUGAAGUGGCAGGUCUGGUAUACCUGCAAAGACUUGUCGGACCUCAGGAAAAGGAUUAUCUCGAAAGCCUUCAACUUCGAAUGCAGAGCUGGAUACCAGAUACGUCUGAUAGUGUUGACAAGCUCGAAUGUGUCCAGAUUUAUCCGUCAGAACUUCCGCUCGAAUCAGCUACGUCCGGAUCUCCUAUCAUAUCUACGAUGCCUGCAAGCAAGAGUGUGAAAGCAGAUCAAAUCGAAACUCGGGGUCUUGCGAACCGCGCAUUGCCAUCGCCAACCAUCCUGCGGGGAAUAUCGGGGUCAUCAGACUCCCCGUCUCCCCUUUCCAGCAGCGAAGUUCACUCGUUAGACACUGAAAAGGUCCGAUACAGAGGUGAUCUUGAUGAUAAGUCACUCUAUGGAGAGGCCCUACAAUAA